AUUAGUGAUCAGUUGCUGAUAGACACGUAAGCCAAAGAGCGAAAGCUUCUUACAUUCCGUCCAAAACCAUUUGAAGCACUUAAACCAUUUGCAAAUAAAGCUAGUUUGACGUUCGCACUUGCAUUGGAUAGGUAUUAAAUAACGUAUUGAUUAGCGGUAGUUUUGACAAGCUUUGUUACACUACGAGAUCCUACUCAAAACUAGCAAAAUGCCGUUUAUGCAAAGGAGAGUGUACAAAAUGGACAAAAUGCAGAAGGCAGAGGAAAGAAUCAAGUCUAAUCCCUGGGAUAUCGAGGCAUGGAGUGUUUUGUUGCGUGAUGCUCAAAGUAAAAAGAUUGAUGAUGCAAGGGAAGUUUUUGAACGUAUUGUUACACAGUUCCCGGUAGCUGGUCAGUAUUGGAAGAUUUAUAUUAAUCAAGAGAUGAAAGCCAAAAAUUAUGAAAGGGUCGAAAAAUUAUUUCAGCGUUGUCUAGUUAAGAUACUAAACAUUGACUUAUGGAAAAUAUACUUGCAGUAUAUUAAGGAAACUAAAGGAAAGCAUCAAUCUUUUAAGGAGAAAAUGGCACAAGCUUACGAUUUUACCCUGGAUAAAAUGGGCUUAGAUCUUAAUUCUUAUUCAAUAUGGGCAGACUACAUAUCCUUUCUUCGUUCAACUCAAGUUCAAGGUUCAUAUGCAGAAAGUCAAAAAAUAACUGCAACUAGACGUGUGUACCAACGUGCAAUUGUUACUCCUAUGCUUGGUAUCGAAACUAUUUGGCGUGAUUAUUGCAUGUAUGAAAACUCAAUUAAUCCUCUUAUCGCGAAAAAGUUUACCGAGGAACGUAGUCGGGACUAUAUGAACGCACGUCGUGUAGCUAAAGAAUAUGAAGUUAUUACAAAAGGACUGUCCAGGACUAUGCCGUCAGUGCCACCCCAAAAUACACCGUAUGAAGCUAAACAGGUCGAACUAUGGAAGAAGUAUAUUCAAUGGGAAAAAGAUAAUCCAUUGAAAACAGAAGAUAUCAUCACAGUCACAAAAAGAGUAAUGUUUGCCUAUGAACAAUGUCUUUUAUGUCUUGGACAUCAUCCAGAUAUAUGGUAUGAAGCUGCUAGCUACUUGGAUCAUGCAAGCAAAAUUUUGGUUGAAAAGGGAGAUCAAACAACAGCUAGACAAUUUGCCAACGAUACAGCUGCAAUGUAUGAACGAGCUAUUGCUUUACUCAAAACAAAUAUGAUGUUAUAUUUUGCUUAUGCCGAUUAUGAAGAAGGUCGAUGUAAGUACGCAAAAGUUCAUUCUAUCUACAAGAAGUUAGUUUCAUUGGAGAAUAUUGAUCCGACACUACCUUAUAUACAAUAUAUGCGAUUCGCCAGGAGAGCUGAAGGCAUAAUGUCUGCUAGAUAUGUGUUUAAACUAGCUCGUGAUGAUUCACGCAUUACUUAUCAUGUUUACUGUAGUGCUGCAUUAAUGGAAUAUUUCUGUAGUAAAGAUAAAACUAUUGGACAUAAAAUAUUUGAGUUAGGCAUGAAACGUUUCGGUGGUAUUGCGGAAUAUGUAUUGUGCUAUGUUGAUUUUAUGGCACAUUUAAAUGAGGAUAAUAAUAUACGAGUGUUAUUUGAACGAGCUUUAGGAUCAAAUCAAAUUACACAAGAACGUGCACGUCUUAUAUGGGCUAGAUUUUUACAAUUUGAAUCACAGGUUGGUGAUUUGGCUAGUAUUCUAAAAGUGGAAAAACGACGUUUACAAGCAUUGGAUAGUUCGAAAGAAUUUUCAAGAUUAGAAACCGCACUUCUGAUUGAUAGAUAUCGUUUCCUAGACUUAUUACCAUGUACAGAUUCAGAGCUUAGAUCUUUGGGUUAUCGAGAACUGACUCGCUUUCAGCUGGCUGGAAUUGGCAAAGGGUAUGAUGAUAUAUUGUGCGGUGUGAUCUCUUCCCAUGGAGCUGCUGGGGUCUCUUUAGGAUCCACACUAUCUGGUGUCUCUGGUGGUAGUGCAGGCGUAGUCGGUGAUGCUCUUGGUUCAACAAUCAAUGGAACUGACCCAAGGCCAACUUAUCCGCAGCCUGAUGUCAGUCAGAUGUUGCCAUUUAAACCGAAAGCUUAUCCACGUACUGGGAGUCACCCAGUAGCUGGUGGUGAAUUCCCACCACCACCGGCUGCUUCCUCUUUACUGAAACUAAUUCCACCGCCACAAUGUUUUCACGGUCCAUUUGUUGAUGUAGAUAAAUUUUUGGAACAUUUCCUAGAAUUGGAAAUCCCUGAUGAUUAUAUGGAAGUUGUUGCAGGUGAAUCUGAAGAAUUAGCUACAAGUAUUGACUCUGGUACAGCUUUAUCCAUUGAAUUGGCUAGUACAGCGACUUCCGCUGCCCCACUUUUAUUGGCUGCUCGUAAACGUCGACAGCAAAUAGCUUUAGAUAGUUUAGCUGGACAUGGUAACCGUGCUUCUGUGGCUAAUCAAUCUAAAUUGCGUAAACGAACAAAUCUAAAUGCCUUUGGCGACUCUGAAGAUGAAGAAGAAGAGGAUGAUGACGAUGAUGAUGAUGAAGAUGAACGUGCAGCUGCCUUAUUAGGGGGUCAGAUUCUUGGCUCUGGGUCAGAGUUAAGAAAUCCUUUGUCGGCUGCUACUCUCGGCUGUAAUGUACCUAUGGAUUUAUAUAGGUUACGGCAAAUGCAAAGAGCUAAGUAACGUAUUUUUAACGUUUUCCUCCUUUGAGGGGAUUCCAUUUGUAUAAAGUUUGUAUUCCCUUUAAAAUAUUGAUAAGUUUUUGUAAUUUGAUCAAUAAAUGUUUCUUUAUUUAGUUUCACUUUUGCUGGUUGUGUGGUUCAGCUACAUUUCCUGUUCAAAUAGACUUACAUUAAUUUACUGUGUGAAAUCAUUGUAUCGAAGACGAAAAUGAUCUUAUUAUCUUUAUUGAUAAAGUUCACAGAAAGUAUGAUUGUUUUAAGUUUCAUGGCAGUCUAAUUGUUUCCAUUCCGUAUACAGGACUAACCUGUUAAGUAAACGAACCGAAUAAGAGUGUAAAGUAGCUCAGUUAUGUUGCAACAGAUAGAAGCUGAUACAAG